UUUUGUGUUGAGACGUGUGUGUUUAUGCCAUUGAUAGUGAAGUAUUGAUAGUGAAGUAUAUGGGGCUAACAGAAACACAUACAAAAUCAGUGUAUACAAGUCUCCAAGAAAAACAAAUCGUCAUCGGACUUUUAACAGGUUGUGUGAUGUUAGGCUACUCAGUGAUAUGUGACUUUCAUGGAUCGUGGUCUUAGUAUGUCAAUGUUGUUUUUGCCUUGGCUAGUUUAUAACCAGCUAGGCAUUUCUAAUGACGCCAAAGUAUGUAGAUAUCUAUCGGAAUUAAAUAGAUUUGUAUACCACUGAUUUUGUUAUCGUCUUGCACACUACAACAAACGAACGUGUCUUUGGAAGGAGUCCAUCUAAUUAGCUAGCUGACGUUCAGCUAACUAUUGCACAUGUCAGCUCAAGGACGCUGUUUACCCUGUGGAUUAGUUUACGAGCCGUAGGAAAGCACUGUCUAACUCGCGUUGAUGCAUCUAGCCAGUCUAGCGAGUGUUAUAGCUGUUGCUGGGAAAGUUGUUAUUAUGUCUGUGCCAUCACUCGUUUGGUGGUUUUACGAAAGGGUUAAUUUAAGCUAGUUUGCAUUGAAAUCGGUGUCAGAUAAGCGCAAACCGGAGCAGUUGCUUGGCCGUCGGUCCAUUUACGGGGUCAAUCAGUUACUUAAUGUGAAGGGGGCCGAAACUGGCCAUUGCAGUGAAAAACUGGAGCAGCUGUGUCUGUCCUUCGAGGACUUUAAUCAACCUUUGUCGGAUGUCUUUGGCGUUAAGCUAGGCGGUUCUCCAAUGACCUGCCAGUCAUCAGAAUUAACGGAAACCCUCGAAAAUGAGAGACGAUCCGACAACGAGUCUGGAGUUGUAGAAUCUGACGAGAGUCGAAUUGCUUCAGCUAUGAAAGAUCUUAGAAACACAGGCUGGUACUGGGGCAGCUUAACCGCCAACGAAGCCAAAGAGAUCCUCCAGGACGCUCCUGAGGGCACGUUCCUGGUGCGGGACAGCUCCCAGAGGGACUACCUGUUCACCAUCUCAGCCAUGACCUCCGCCGGACCCACCAACCUGCGCAUUGUGUUCAAGGAGGGCAAGUUCAAACUGGAUUCUGUGGUUCUGAUUAAACCAAAGCUCAAGCAGUUUGACAGCGUUGUCCAUCUAGUGGAGCACUAUGUGCACUUGUCCAGGACUAGCAACAAGGGCUUGUCGCAGCCCCUGGCACCAGUCAAUGGCACAGUCCAGCUGCUCCUUACCAAGCCGGUGUACACCGCCACACCCUCGCUACAGCACCUCUGUAGGGUCGCCAUCAACAAGGCCACCAGGCAAGUGCACGGGCUGCCGUUGCCCAACAGGCUCAAGGACUACCUGACAGACUACUCUUACAAUGUAUAAGACUGCUAAAGAUAGGACCAGUCUACCGACUACACUCAACCAACUGAGUGGACCAGAGUGCAGUUCAGCAACGUGGCAUGCAUGGUACCCAAAGGACUUAACUCCAAUCUCCAGCCCCAAUCCUGAGAUUCAGCCUAGGUCUAAAUGGAUCUUGUGGUAGAAUGCACAGUACAAGCAGGGGGGGGGGGUGGUCAGUAAUGCUGUUUUAGGUGUUCUCUCAUGUUAUAUCCUACCUCUUGUUUGCUACAGAUAUAAGAGAGGGGAAGUAGAUAAGGGUGUAAGAGCUGGGGCUCCGGGUUGUGACUCGAUGUCGUACGAGGGUUCGGGGUCAGGGGUCGUGUUUGUCAUCUCCGAAAGGGGAGCAAAUGUUUUUAAGCCAAGAUGUUUUCCCUGCAGUGUUUCACUCGGAAACCUGUGUUGAGUUUCUUUAGUUGUUGCUUCAGUCAUACAGACUCUGCCUUUUAAUGUCUGAGACAUGGGUGUCUGGCUGACUGACUGUGUGUCUGUCUACAUUGGUUGUGAAUUUUUUCCAAAAUCUAUGUUAUGUUAUUUCUUUUGUAUUUUAAUCAUAGAAAAAAGUUUUUAUUUUUCCCCAUUCAUGGUGAUGAGAAAGUGCAAGCAAUGUAUAGAUUUUUCUGUCACACUUGCCAAAAGAUGAAAAAAUAAAUAAUAGAUUAUUUGAUCAACAGAACAUGCAUGUACAGUACAGUAUAGCCUACCUAGACUUAUUAUUUACACUUGGUUUGUCAAACUUGGCCUCGCCAGCUGCCCUAUGGCUGUGAUGAAACAGGCCACAUUUGGGAUUUGUGAAUUUAAUUUAAGCCUAGUUGAAUGAGGGUAUUUUAAUGAAGAUUUUAUGAUUGUAUCCUAUGGUGUUCUCUUCCAAAAACAACAUAUUCAAAAGCAUGAAAGACCCUAAUUGUCCAGUCUCCUAUUUACUCAGGCAGGUGAUUAAUUGAAUAUAAUUCUUUGUUGUCCCUGCUGCAAAUUGUUUCUCAUUUGUACAUGCUGCCAGUAAGCCCCAGUGUGUGCUAACAGUUUCAAAUCCAACUUAUUGUGCUAUUAAAUCCUUCAGAUGGUGCUUAA